GCCCCCGGGGCCCCGGGCCCCGCCGCGGCAGCGCCAGCGGCAGCUCCCCCGUCUCUCCGGCGGCGGCAACAUGGCCUCGGCCGGUAACGCAUCGGAGCCGGAGACCAGCGGCAGCGCGGGCGGCGGAGGCCACCCCGGCCGGGCGGCGAGGAGCGGCGGCGGGAGGCGGCGAAGGACCGGAGGGAACCGGCGCGCCGCGGCGCCCGACCGGGAGUAUCUGCAGCGGCCAAGCUACUGCGAUGCGGCGUUCGCCUUGGAGCAGAUUUCAAAGGGGAAGGCGACGGGACGAAAAGCGCCGUUGUGGCUGCGAGCAAAGUUUCAGAGACUGUUGUUUAAACUGGGCUGUUACAUUCAGAAAAACUGCGGGAAAUUUUUGGUUGUCGGCCUCCUGAUCUUUGGGGCUUUCGCUGUAGGAUUAAGGGCAGCUAACCUGGAGACCAACGUGGAGGAGCUGUGGGUGGAAGUUGGUGGACGAGUGAGUCGGGAGUUAAAUUACACGCGGCAGAAGAUUGGAGAAGAGGCCAUGUUCAACCCCCAACUCAUGAUCCAGACUCCACAGGAAGAUGGUGCUAAUGUACUGACAACGGAAGCACUCCGACAGCACCUUGACUCUGCACUCCAGGCCAGCAGAGUGCACGUCUAUAUGUACAACAGACAGUGGAAAUUGGAACAUUUGUGUUACAAAUCAGGAGAACUCAUCACAGAAGCAGGUUACAUGGACCAGAUCAUAGAAUACCUUUAUCCUUGUUUAAUUAUCACUCCUUUGGACUGCUUCUGGGAAGGAGCAAAGCUACAAUCAGGAACUGCCUAUCUAUUAGGGAAGCCUCCUUUGCAGUGGAUCAACUUUGACCCCUUAGAAUUCUUGGAAGAGUUAAAGAAAAUAAACUACCAAGUGGAGAGCUGGGAAGAAAUGCUGAAUAAAGCGGAGGUUGGUCAUGGUUAUAUGGAUCGACCCUGCCUGAAUCCUGCUGAUCCCGAUUGCCCAAUCACAGCUCCCAAUAAAAAUUCCACCAAACCUCUUGAUGUAGCCCUUGUUUUGAGUGGUGGAUGCUAUGGACUGUCAAGAAAAUACAUGCAUUGGCAGGAGGAGCUGAUUAUAGGUGGUACAAUCAAGAACAGCUCUGGUAAACUUGUCAGUGCCCAGGCUUUGCAAACCAUGUUUCAGUUAAUGACUCCUAAGCAAAUGUAUGAGCACUUCAAGGGGUAUGAAUAUGUUUCACAUAUCAACUGGAAUGAGGAUAAGGCAGCAGCAAUUCUGGAAGCCUGGCAGAGGAUGUAUGUUGAGGUUGUUCAUCAAAGUGUUGCACAGAACUCUACCCAGAAGGUGCUUUCCUUUACUACAACCACCCUGGAUGACAUCCUGAAGUCAUUUUCUGAUGUCAGUGCUAUCAGAGUAGCUAGUGGCUACUUAUUAAUGCUUGCCUAUGCCUGUUUGACGAUGCUGCGGUGGGACUGUGCCAAGUCUCAGGGUGCUGUGGGGCUGGCAGGAGUCCUCUUGGUUGCACUCUCAGUGGCUGCAGGAUUGGGCCUGUGCUCAUUGAUUGGAAUUUCCUUUAAUGCUGCCACAACUCAGGUUUUGCCUUUUCUUGCUCUUGGAGUUGGUGUAGACGAUGUUUUCCUUCUGGCACAUGCAUUUAGUGAAACAGGACAGAAUAAGAGAAUUCCAUUCGAGGACAGAACGGGUGAAUGUUUGAAGCGAACAGGAGCCAGUGUAGCCCUUACAUCUAUCAGCAAUGUUACUGCCUUCUUUAUGGCUGCCUUAAUCCCUAUUCCUGCUUUACGAGCAUUUUCACUUCAAGCAGCAGUUGUCGUGGUGUUCAACUUUGCCAUGGUCCUGUUGAUUUUCCCUGCCAUCCUGAGCAUGGAUCUCUAUCGUCGGGAGGACAGGAGACUGGACAUAUUCUGCUGUUUCACGAGCCCGUGUGUCACCAGGGUGAUCCAGAUUGAGCCCCAGGUGUAUGCGGAGAGUGACAGCGCUUGCUACAGCCCCCCACCCCCCUACAGCAGCCACAGCUUUGCCCAUGAGACCCAGAUCACGAUGCAGUCCACGGUGCAACUGCGCACCGAGUACGACCCCCACACGCAGGUGUUCUACACCACCGCAGAGCCCCGCUCCGAGAUAUCCGUGCAGCCCGUGACAGUGGCACAGGACAACCUGAGCUGCCAGAGCCCAGAGAGCACCAGCUCGACGAGGGAUUUGCUCUCCCAAUUCCCAGACUCCGGCGUGCAUUGUCUGGAGCCGCCCUGUACCAAGUGGACACUCUCGUCCUUUGCAGAGAAGCAUUAUGCUCCCUUCCUCCUGAAACCAAAAGCUAAGAUUGUGGUUAUUUUUCUUUUUCUGGGUUUACUUGGGCUCAGCCUUUAUGGAACUACCCGGGUGAGAGAUGGACUAGAUCUCACAGACAUUGUACCACGGGAGACACGGGAAUAUGACUUUAUUGCUGCACAAUUCAAGUACUUCUCAUUCUACAACAUGUAUAUUGUGACACAGAAAGCAGACUAUCCAAAUGUCCAGCACUUACUUUAUGAACUUCACAGAAGUUUCAGCAACGUGACAUAUGUUUUGUUGGAAGAGGACAGGCAGCUCCCCAAAAUGUGGUUGCACUACUUUCGAGACUGGCUGCAAGGACUUCAGGAUGCAUUUGACAGUGACUGGGAAACUGGGAAGAUCACUUACAACAACUAUAAAAAUGGAUCUGAUGAUGCUGUUUUGGCUUACAAACUCUUGGUACAAACAGGCAACCGUGCAAAACCCAUUGACAUCAGCCAGUUGACUAAACAGCGUCUGGUGGAUGCAGAUGGAAUCAUUAACCCAAAUGCUUUCUACAUCUACCUGACAGCCUGGGUCAGCAAUGACCCCGUGGCCUAUGCUGCUUCCCAGGCCAACAUCCGCCCCCACUGCCCGGAGUGGGUCCAUGACAAGGCAGACUACAUGCCAGAGACACGGCUGAGGAUUCCAGCAGCUGAGCCCAUCGAGUACGCUCAGUUCCCUUUCUACCUCAAUGGAUUGCGUGAAACUUCUGACUUUGUGGAGGCUAUUGAGAAAGUGAGAGCCAUCUGCAGUAACUACACCAGCCUGGGCAUCUCCAGCUACCCCAACGGGUACCCGUUCCUCUUCUGGGAGCAGUACAUUGGCCUUCGCCACUGGCUCCUCUUAUCCAUUAGCGUGGUUUUGGCUUGCACGUUUCUGGUGUGUGCCCUCUUCCUCCUGAACCCCUGGACAGCUGGGAUCAUUGUGGUGGUGCUGGCUCUGAUGACUGUGGAGCUGUUUGGCAUGAUGGGUCUAAUUGGAAUAAAGCUGAGUGCAGUGCCUGUGGUUAUCCUGAUUGCUUCUGUUGGUAUUGGCGUGGAAUUCACUGUUCACGUUGCUUUGGCAUUUUUAACUGCCAUGGGAGACAGGAACCACAGGGCUGUCCUGGCCUUGGAACACAUGUUUGCACCAGUGCUGGACGGGGCUGUGUCCACUCUGCUUGGGGUGUUAAUGCUUGCAGGGUCAGAGUUUGAUUUCAUUGUCAGGUAUUUCUUUGCUGUUUUGGCAAUCUUAACCAUUCUGGGAGUUCUCAAUGGAUUGGUGCUGCUUCCUGUUCUUCUUUCAUUCUUUGGACCAUACCCUGAGGUUUCUCCAGCCAAUGGACAGAACAGAUUGCCCACACCAUCUCCUGAGCCACCCCCCAGUGUGGUGAGGUUUGCUCUGCCACCUGGGCACACAAACCAUGCCUCGGAUUCCUCUGACUCCGAGUACAGCUCUCAGACCACGGUGUCGGGCAUCAGCGAGGAGCUGCAGCAGUACCAGGGCACGCGUGGCCCCGGGGCACCAGGGCACCAGGUCAGAGUGGAGGCCACUGAGAACCCUCUCUUUGCAAGAUCCACUGUGGUUCAGCCAGAAGCAAGGCAUCAGCCAAGCCCCGGGCUGCAGUCGAGUGCAGAGCCCGGCAUGCAGCAGGUGUGGGGUCAGGGCAGACACCCCAAACGGGACGGCAGGGAGGGGCCGCAGCCGCCCCCGUACCGCCCUCGCAGGGACGCCUUUGAGAUUUCUACUGAGGGGCAUUCAGGACCCAGCAGCAGGGACCGCUCGGGCCACAGGGCUCGUUCCCACCCCGUGAGGAGCCCGGCGUGCGGGGCCGCAGGCGCGGCGGGACCGGGACCGUCCUACUGCCAGCCCAUCACUACUGUGACCGCCUCGGCUUCUGUGACCGUCGCCGUCCACCCCGCCCGGCACGGCCACGGCGCCCGGGCAGGGAGCUGCCCCUCCCACGAGGGGCACCAGGAGCCUGACCAUGGGCCGUUCGAGGACCCCCACGUGCCUUUUAACGUGUGGUGUGAAAGAAGAAACUCUAAAGUGGAAGUUAUAGAACUGCAAGAUGUUGAAUGUGAGGAAAGGGUACCUGGCAACAGCUCACAGUAAGGGUAAUAACUGAAGCAAAGAAGAGGCCAAAGAUGGAAAACUGUAUUUCCAGAACUGCUUGAAGAGAAGAACUGCUUGAAGUUGUAGAAAAGGACAUGCUGCAUCAGGACAACAGUUCACUGUUACUGUAACCUAUUGUAUUAUUUUGUUAUAUAUUUCUUUUAAGUAUUUAAAAGAUGUACACAUAUGUAAUAUACAAAAGAACAAUGUAAAGUAGUAUAAUCUGGAGUAAUUUGCCUCUGGGCAAUAGAAUGGGGACAAUAUUGUGUGCGCUUUGUACUUUUUGUACAUCGAUUUCUGUGCCACAAUUAAGCUUAAUCUAGUUCUAAAUUUCAGCAUAAGUUGCUGCUGCUUAAAUAUUUUAUAAUUUACUUGUAUAAUUCUAUGCAAAUAUUGCUUAUGUGAUAGGAUUUUUUGAAAGGUACAUGUCUGUUUAAAAUAUUUUAAACUUGCGUAUCACGACCCUGUGGUAGUAUGAAAUGACUGUUAACUUUCACACACGCUAUGCGUGGUAAUUUUUAAAAUAAGCAGAUACGAAGAAAAGCAAGUUAAUCUGGGAGGCUUAAAUAAUUUUAGAUAUGUGCAGGGUUUGUUUUGCUGUAUGUAUUCCUGUGUGCAUCUGGAAAUAUGCAUCUCUGUGUAUGUUCCUGGUGUACUGUAGUUUCUCUUUUACUGUAUGUUAACACCUGGUGGGCUUAUAAACCCACUGAUGCUGAUGUAAGUCCAGCUUUCCCUGUUAGCAGGCACUAGUAAAAACAGAGUUGGUGUUUACCAGCAUACACACCGUAGACUGCCAUCAUCAAAGGCCCAGCUAAAAUAAAAGAGAAGACAGGGAGGUGAGGUUUGGGGUUGUGUUUCAGUUCGCAGACCCCGACGACUUGGUUCACAUGACUUUGGUCAAGUCACUUAACUCCCCCAUGCCUCAGUUUCUCAUUCUGUAAAAUGAUUAUAAUUACACUUACCUACCUCCCAGGAAUGUUGUGAGGCUUAAUUACUGUUCCUGUAGUGCUUUUUUGGGUUUUUUUUUUCUUGCAAAAGGUGCCAGGUAAGUGCAAACACUAUAACCAUUAUUUUUUCACUUCCAAAGGUGCUGGAUAUUGAGAGGUGCUGGUGGUUAUAGAAAUACAAUUAGCAUCUGCCUUAUUUUGAUACUGUUAACCAUGAGUGGCAUUAGAAGCUGGAUGAUGAGUUGCUUAAUGGUGAGCCACAGCUCAGUUGUGUUGUUACAGCAUUGAAAGCAGUAUCUUUGGUCACCUUAUUUUCAUGGCAGGAAGGAGCUAAUAGUAAAUGAUAAAAAUCAAAUGGAAGGAUAAAAAGAAAGUAUAUUCACUUUUUAAAUAUAAAUGGCUUUCUGGUGGGCCCGGGAUGGUAAUAACACAUAAAGCCUGGGUUGUUCUUUUCUCUGUUGUUUGUGUUUUCCCAUGCUGCAUUGGCACUUUUAAUCAAAACAGCUAAACUGGGAUCUCUUUGCGAAACUAAUUUAGCUUUUUGUACUAUUAUUUUUAAACUAGAAGGGGAUUGCUGCAGGUGAAGGGUCUGGAAAAACACUACAAUCUGUGUUCCAGUUGGAAACAAACCCUAAGAACAGAGAACCUUAAUUUAAAAUAAUGCAACACAAAUUUUCAUUAUCUCUGUCUUCUUUUUUCAUCUUUUUUAUGCCCUUCUCCAAGCUGUUUUUUAGAGCAGGUAGAUGUUCAAUUGUGUAUUCAGAGCCAAACACAACCAAUAUUCAGUUUCUAAACCAUCAGUGGUGGGGCUUUUCUUUACGUAUUCCUGAACAGCAGUGGCCAAUUCUUUAAUGGGAAAGUGUUUUUCUCCAGUGGCUUCAGGGAGUCUGUCUUUGCCCGCAGACCUUGCCAGCAUAAUGAAUGGGGAUAAUUAGAAUGCACAAAUUUCCAUGCCUUUUUUUGCUCACUUGAAAACACUUUGAUAUGAGGCACUUGUUUACAGAUGUCCAAUGUGAACGCUCGAAGGGCAGGUGGCGAGAGCCUGGUGUCGUUCCCCUAGAACAUAAGCUACUGUCUCAGUGCACCCCAGGGGUUAAUGUCACAGCUGCCUCCUGGUCCAGGUCACUGUCCAACCAACGGGAAAACUCUUGGUGACAAAAAGACGAGGGGCCCCGAUGUAGCACAAGCAGCACACUAACCUCAGAUCAUACAACCCUGUAACACAACUGUAUGACACUAAUGGGAGCCGCCUCCAACCGCCCAGUGCCACGGCUGGCAGGGCUCCCACUGACACUGCCCUGCCUCCUGUGCCACAGGCUGCCCUGCUGCCUCCUCCUCCUCCUCCUCCUCGGGAGGGAGGGGGCCCAGGGCAGCUGCAGUGUCUCUGCCCUGCCCUGCCCUCUGCAGGGGUGAGCUCUCUGCUGCUUCGUGCUCAAUGUAGACCUUCUUCUUCGAUAGUCACAUUGGCAAGAGAACUCAGUGGCUGGCAACAUUUGUUUUGUUGGGUUUUGGUUUUUUUUAACUUUUUUUAAUCAUGGAUGAUAUUUAUAUUUUUGUAUCAUAGGAAUGUUUUUCUUACAGUAUUUGUCAUGCCAGUUUAUAACAAACAAGAUGCAGGGAUUUUAUUUCUAUUGGAAACACUAUUACAGUUAUGUUUUUACUGUUUAAUGAAUUUUUAUGUGUAUAGAGUGCUUACUAAUGUUAAAUAGGAAAGAGUAUAUAACAUUUACGUUAAGGAUUUGUCGUAGCUUUUAGUGUAAGGAGUUAAAAGGAAAAAAAUAUUCAAACUGGGUCUCAUUGCCUGCCUGUUUUGGUAGGAGUGGGUUUGCGUCAUUUCAGUUACAAAGAUAAAAUUAUGCCAUAUAAUUUAUUUAUAUGAAAAUUUAUUUUUGUAGUGUACAUAGUAGUCAUCAAGUCUUUUGACAGAAGUAUAUUUUUAAAGAGUUUAUAUGUAAUGAUGAUACCAUUAUGUUUUGGAACACUGCUGAGAUACGAUUACAGUGCACACUUUUCCUUGUAAACCCCCUGGAGAAAAGAAAGUGUUUAACAGUGUUAAGAGAAAGAGAGUGUGAAUAUUCAUACAAUUCAGAACUGUGUUUUAGCUACCAUUUGUGAUCUAGUGUGGUUCUCAUUUUAAACUUUGAAUGGAAAUUGUACAAACUCUCUAAAUAUUAAUGUUCGAACACUGAUAGAAAUUCUAACAUAAAUAAAAAGAAUAUAACUUA